CCGCGGAGCUUUCUGGGUAAAGAUGGAUACGCACGAUCUCUUUCGCCGGCUCGGCGCGGGAGCCAAAUUCGAUGUGAGACGCUUCUCCGCGGACGCAGCCCGAUUCCAGAUAGGAAAAAGGAAAUAUGACUUCGAUUCUUCGGACGUGCUGCAGAGACUGGACUUUUUUGGAAACAAGAAGUCUGUUACAGGUGAGUGUGGAGAAUCAAGAACUCACCAGGAGCUCCAAGAUGAAGAAAAGAAAGAAGAGAACCCAACUGAAAGGAAGAGGGAGCAGAACAAGAAAAAGAGGAAGAGAAUGACUUUAGAGAUUACUUCAGAAGAAGAAGAUUCUACUAUACAGUGGAUAUCAUCUGUGGAAGCAAAGAUUGAAGAUAACAAAAUUAAAAGAGAAAAUAAACUAACUUCAGGGAAGUUGGAGAAUAUCAGAAAAGAAAAGAUAAACUUCUUGAGGAAUAAACACAAAAUUCACAUCCAAGGCACUGAUCUUCCUGACCCAAUUGCUACAUUUCAGCAACUUGAACAGGAAUACAAAAUCAGUUCUCGACUGCUUCAGAACAUUCUAGAUGCAGGCUUCCAGACACCUACGCCAAUCCAAAUGCAAGCUAUUCCAGUUAUGCUGCAUGGUCGAGAACUUCUGGCUUCUGCUCCUACUGGCUCUGGAAAGACCUUGGCUUUUAGCAUUCCCAUUUUAAUGCACCUGAAACAACCUGCAAACAAAGGCUUCAGAGCCCUGAUUAUAUCACCAACACGAGAGCUUGCCAGCCAGAUUCACCGAGAGUUAGUAAAAAUAUCUGAGGGAACAGGAUUCAGGAUACACAUGAUCCACAAAGCAGCAGUUGCAGCCAAGAAAUUUGGACCAAAAUCAUCUAAGAAAUUUGAUAUUCUUGUGACUACUCCAAAUCGACUAAUCUAUUUAUUGAAGCAAGAUCCUCCAGGAAUAGACUUAACAAGUGUUGAAUGGCUGAUAGUAGAUGAAUCAGAUAAACUGUUUGAAGAUGGCAAAACUGGGUUCAGAGACCAGCUGGCUUCUAUUUUCCUGGCCUGCACAUCCCACAAGGUCAGAAGAGCUAUGUUCAGUGCAACUUUUGCAUAUGAUGUUGAGCAGUGGUGCAAACUCAACCUGGACAAUGUCAUUACUGUGUCCAUUGGAGCAAGGAAUUCUGCAGUAGAGACUGUAGAACAAGAGCUUCUGUUUGUUGGGUCUGAGACUGGAAAACUUCUAGCCAUGAGAGAACUUAUUAAAAAGGGUUUCAGUCCACCAGUUCUUGUUUUUGUUCAGUCUAUUGAAAGGGCUAAAGAACUUUUUCAUGAGCUCAUAUAUGAAGGUAUUAAUGUGGAUGUUAUUCAUGCUGACAGAACGCAGGAACAGAGAGAUAACACAGUCCACAGCUUCAGAGCAGGAAAAAUCUGGGUCCUUAUUUGUACAGCCUUGCUAGCCAGAGGAAUUGAUUUCAAAGGUGUGAACUUGGUGAUCAACUAUGACUUCCCGACGAGCUCGGUGGAGUACAUCCACAGGAUAGGUCGAACUGGAAGAGCAGGGCAUAAAGGAAAAGCUGUUACAUUUUUCACUGAAGAUGAUAAACCAUUAUUAAGAAGCGUUGCCAAUGUCAUACAGCAGGCGGGAUGUCCUGUUCCAGAAUACAUAAAAGGGUUCCAGAAACUACUCAGCAAACAAAAGAAAAAAAUGAUUAAGAAGCCUUUGCAAAGAGAAAGCAUUAGUACAACUCCAAAAUACUUCUUAGAAAAAGCUAAGGAUAAACGAGAGAGAGGAAGGGAGAAUGAGAGAGAGAGAUAUCGAUGUGAGAAACAUCGAUUGGUUGCCUUCCAUAUGCGCCCCAACCAAGGGUCGAACUCACAACCUAGGAAAAAGGUCACUGGUGAGAACAGCAAGAAGAAAGUAGCCCCUGAAGACAAAAGUUAAAAUUUUUUUUUAAAACUGUAUCAAAAAUGUAAUUUUAUAAUCUAAACAUGAAUGUUGUUUUCAUGGAAUACUUCAUCUUAAAAUCACCUGUGCCAGAAGUUGAAAUCAACUACGAGAACAUGGGACUAGUGAAAAAUGAUCAUAAACUUUCAGUGCAUGAUGUGAAAUUUCAAUUUAUAAGUGACUUUUAAGUGGUUACACAAUGAAAAUAACAUUCAUCAACAUUUCUGUGUUUUGAAUCCAGAGAGAUGCUUCUUAUAGAAGAACAAAAACUUACACUAAAAAUGACAGCACCCAAAUGUGGUGAACUGUUAAGGAUUUUUCCCUUCAGGUGUGAAGGAAGUGUGAAAAUACCUUAUGGAGAGAUAUCUGGAACUAAAUUUUCAAAAUAAAGACUUGAGAUUGAAUGUCCCUCC